AGUCAACAAGAUAUCAAAAGGACAUACCCUUACCAAAUAUCCUGGAUUGCUCUUUCACUAUUAUUAUAUUUAAGCAGAUAAACAAAACAAUAAGGAACUUUUAGCAGGUUUAAAGACAUGAAUCUGGAUGAAGACAAGAUUUGGUCUAAGUAAUCAUUUCAAUUCUUUAUACUUCCAUACAAACAUGGUCAAUUCCUUAUCAUUAUUCAGAAAGAGGGGCCCUACAUACGUAGGUUUUUGUUCACAUGUUCAGUAAACAAGGGUGCAAGUGGGAUUUAACCAGCAUGGGUAAUUUGGACAACUUCAAAGGCACUGCUAAAGCUAAACCCUGCAUGGAAAAGUUUCCACAAAACCUGGCUUCUGUCUGUGGUCUAUAUAAGGCAGCUACAGUGCGCCCAAAUUCUAGAUCCCAACCGGGAAGGAGAUUUGGAGUGUUCUUCAGGCUCCUCCCUCCAUUAUGAUCUCUUGGAUAGCCAUCUAUCACGUUCUUGAAGCGACAGUCCCAUUGUAUGUGGCCAUGAUACUAGCCUACCUAUCCAUAAAAUGGUGGAAGCUGUUCACCCCGGAGCAGUGCUCUGGGAUCAACAAGUUCGUGGCCAAGUUUUCCAUUCCUCUCCUCUCUUUCCAGGUCAUCUCUACAAACAAUCCUUACGACAUGAAUCUCAAGCUCAUACUCGCAGACAUCCUACAGAAGUUGCUUGCCUUGCUGGGAUUCGCAGCCAUUUCCAGAGCAUGUUGCGCGGAGAAGUUCGAUUGGCUGAUUACAGGUUUCUCUUUGUCAACACUGCCGAAUACACUGAUUGUUGGUAUCCCAUUGCUGAAAGGAAUGUAUGGUGAUGAAGCUCUCAACCUGAUAAGUCAGAUAGUUGUCCUACAGAGCCUAAUUUGGUACACACUUCUUCUAUUUCUGCUUGAGUUUCGGGCUGCUAAAGGAAUUGUUCCCACGACGUCAUCUGAAAUCACAGCUGAGGAAGAACCAGGUACUCUAGGAACUACACAGCAAAGAUACCAAGAGGGCCAGGCAAAAGGUGUAUCAGCAAAAUGUUCAAGCGCUUUCAACUUUCUGUUGGUGGUGGGGAAGAAGCUAGUGAUGAAUCCAAACAUGUACGCAUGCCUGAUCGGCCUAAUUUGGGCACUGGUUAGCUUCAGGUGGCAAAUACAGUUACCCGUGAUCAUCAGCAACUCCAUCAGAAUACUCUCAGAUGGAGGGCUGGGAAUGGCAAUGUUCAGCCUAGGCCUUUUCACUGCUCUACAAACAAAAAUUAUAGUCUGCGGAACUAAAAGGAUGCUGCUAUCACUAGGCAUUAGAUUCUUUCUAGGACCAGCCCUAAUGGUGAUCUCUUCCUAUGCUGUUGGGAUGCGUGGAAUCUUGCUCAAGGUGGCCAUUGUGCAGGCAGCUCUACCUCAAGGAAUAGUACCAUUUGUGUUUGCGAAGGAGUAUAAUUUGCACGCAGAUAUUCUAAGCACUGCGAUAAUUGUUGGUAUGAUGGUUGCAGUUCCUGCUGCGCUAGCUUACUACUUUGUUUUAGAUCAGCCUAGAUUCUAACCUAUGAGUAUCUGGACGGUAAUAGUAUUUUAAAUGUGUUCAUUUGAUAAGCAGAGCAGUGCAAUGUAAAGGGUCAAUCGAGUCAUGGGUGUGAAUAUUUCGCAAGACUGUAAAUGUGUGUGUGUGUGUGUGUGUGUGGUGUGGACUUGGAACCUUUCAUAGUCUGAUGGGCCGACAUAAAGAUAGAUAUCUGUACUUGAUGACCGUAAAUUGUUAAAUUCCAAAUCGUUUCAAUUCUACAAACGAUACUAAAUAAACAGAAGACGUUACAUACUCCA